AUGGCUGGCAGAAAAUUUGUAGAAGUAGGUAGGGAGGGGCUGGAUCUCUUAUGUGAAUUGGAGUUGACUCCACAGUCUGAGACACCAAACAUUGUAAAGGAAUGGAAUUGCCUUCAUUUUAAUGAUGCUCAUAUAGACAGCCUACCUGAGUCCAUUGACAGGUGCAUCCAUGCUAGAGUAAUAGAGACUGCAUGUAACAGGUUAUCUUGUUUACCACAGUCCAUAUUCAACAUGCCACAGCUCAUAAAAUUGGACCUCUCUCUCAAUGCCUUCAAUUCAUUCCCUAUUGUACUAAGUGGCAUGACUAGGUUACAGAGUCUUAACCUGUCCUACAACCAUCUAUCUGAAUUACCCAUGCAGAUCAGUGGUAUGACAGGGCUUAAAGAUUUCAAUAUCGGUUUUAAUAAUUUCACUACAUUUCCCACAGCACUGUUAAACAUGAGUAAGUUAGAAACACUGACAAUAACUGGCAACAUGCUAUCUAACAUACCAGUUGAGAUCAAGGACAUGACCGGGCUUAGAAAGUUCCUUCUUUUUUGCAAUUGCUUCACUAUGUUCCCCAUAGCACUGUGUGGCAUGGCUAGCCUAGAGAGGCUAUACUUGGGUAACCUAAAAGGGCUGCAAGGGCAUCACAACCACAUAUCUUAUAUACCAGCAGAUAUCGUUUCAAUGACUGGGCUGGAAUCACUGGAUCUGGAGUCCAAUAAGGUCACACACCUGUCACCUCAGAUAAGGAAUAUGAAAAGCUUGCUGGAAUUAAAUGUGAAGGGGAACCCCCUGGUGCAACCACCAGAGCAUGUUGCUGACAGAGGACUUGAUGCAAUCAAAAGGUAUUUUGAAGCAUUAACUACCACCAAGGGAAUCCUGUCAAGUAGAAUACAGGUCAACUUGCUUGGAGAAACAGCAGCAGGAAAAACUAGUCUUUCUCACACACUGCAGAGAGGAAACCCAACACUCACAACAGUAGCAGACAGAACAAGAGUGGUGGAACAAGGAACAUGGGUAUAUGACCAAGGUAUUGUUUUCAAUAUCAAUGACUUUGGGGGACAUGAUAUGUACAAAAUAGCACAUCCUAUUUUUAUGUCCAAACACAGCUUGGCCCUAAUCACAUUUGACCUAUCAGAGUAUGAUCCAGCACGUUAUCAGUUCUACAUUGGAAACUGGAUUGACAAGGUACAAGAAAAAUUGCCAGGUAUAAAGAUGGCAAUAGUGGGAACUCAUAUUGAUCAAGUUUCAGCCUACAGUGCAAAGUGUUCUUUUAGUAUAAUUAAAAAACAACUUGAAUACCACAGGCAGAGAAAACAGAAAUGGUAUCAGUCUCAAAUAAAGAGUAUUGAGAAGAAAAUUCUGAACACAGAUGGAACCCAAACAUCUAUACUUAAAGCCUAUGAAGAUAAAAAGAGUAAACUGAUGGCCUUACAAGACCAAGUCAUAGUCAUCCAUCAUGGCAUGUUUGUGGUGAGUUCCAAGACCUCGGAGGGAAUUGAAGAACUACGAAACUACCUUACUACUGUUGCAAAAGAACGUGCUGUAAUUUUACCAGAAAUGUGGGUUGAUGCUGCCACCAUGGUUUGCAACAAGAAAUAUGAAGGCUCUGAAAAUACACUUGGCUGGGAUAAGAUACAAGACCUUAUUCUGCAGUCUGCCCCAACCCUCUGGAAAGAGAGGAGACCUUCCAAGAAAGAGCUUGAUUUGGCAACAUAUGACAUUUUAAGUUUUCUAGCUGACCGUGGUGACAUCAUUUGGUUUGAUUCAAGCCCUACUCUGAAGAAAGUUGUAUUCCACAAGCAAGAAGUUCUUGCCAAUAUUCUCAAAGCAGUCCUUAAUCAUGAUAGUGAUGCUGUUAGGUUAAAUCUCCAACAGUCCAUGAGUAUUUCAGAACCAAAAGCAAAGAAAAUCCAUGCUGACAUCUUCAGCAGAGGCAUCAUUUCCAGAGAAGCAAUGGACUGCUUAUGCGAGCCUUUCAGAUUAUUAACCACUGAAGCCGAUGUCAUGGUAGAACUGAUGCAGAAACUGGAGCUGUGCUAUCAAGUUCAGGAGGAUCCACUGGUUCCAUCCAGCAUUUCAUUCCACUUUACCUGGCUUUUUAUGCUGGAGAGACAGCCUGAGUUGGAUGAAAAAUGGCCCGGCAAAGUUCCCCCAGGCACCACACAACUAACCCUGCAGAUCUAUUUUCCAUUCAGCUGUCCAGAAGGCAUAUAUGAGAAAUUGUCUGUUCGUCAGCACAAGUACCUUGGACUUUUGAAGACCAAACGUAUUGAUUGGAAGGAUGGGGUGUAUGCAGAACUUCAAGAAUGUCAAACCCAUAUUUCCCGACAGGAAAGUCGUCGUCAUCCUGCUAGCAGCACCUCGGACAGUAUCAUCACUAUAGCCGUACGUGGAACAGACCUCUCAAAGAUGUGGUCUGUUUUUACUUGUGCUCAUGAUGACCUCAUGGACAUCAUCAAAGAAGAGUGCCCUGGGGUGUGCUAUGACAAAUACUUGGUGUGCCCCCACUGUACAAGUGAAAACUGUGAGGAUCCCACACUCUUCCCUGGAGAGAUACUGGACCAGACCUAUCUGUCUGGGGGCGUCUCUAAACCAAAACAGGUGCCAUGUGUCAAUACUGGUGUCUCCAUUCCUACAGACCUGGUCUACCCACCACACCUGACCAUGGGCUGGCAGGAAGUUGUCAAGAAGAACAAGAAUAAGCUGAAACAAAACAUCACUGAACCUUGUCUCUUUGACUUGAUUGAUGUCUUGAUCCAUGAAGGCAUCCUGUCAGACCGUGAAUCUGAGUGGAUAAAGACAUCUGAUGAAAAAAAUGCUGUUUUCUUGGACUUCCUGACUAUGAAACCAGACAAGGCAUUUGAUAUUCUCUGUCAGUUUUUUGUUGAGCAUGGGCAAUAUGAUCUUCUCAAGCUGAUCAAAUACUAA